AUGUCCGGCUUGUGGGCCGUUGAAGAAGACGAAGAACUGCUGAAGUUCGUGGUCGAACAGGCCAGAAAAUCGAAAGAACCGCUGAAUUUGAGACAGUUGUAUAGGGAUUAUACGGCGUCCGGAAGGACGGACCGGACCGAAAAUGCGUGUUACGACAGGUCAGGGAUGGAAUUUUGACCGUUUUCAGAUCUUCAGAUCAUCCGAACUUGGCACGAUUAUCAGUCCGACUGAAACUUUCAAGGUAUAUACUCCAAGCCAAGACUGAUAAUCCUGCCAAGUUAGGCUCCGAUCAGAUGAUCGGAAAUAUGCCAAAAAUGCAAAAUGAGCUCCUCCUCACAGAUUCCGCUCGCGCAUCGGCCCGAAUGUCUACUCGAUGGAUCAUCUUGAUUUGGAAACCAAAGUCCGCAUCAUCGUCGCCUUCUCCGUUCCGAUCAAUGAAGAGUUUCUGAAGAAGUUGCGAGAGCACGCAGAAGUGAAAACGGACGAAAACGGAUGCAUCCGGAUGUAUAGGGAGCAGGGCGGUCUGGAGAUAGAACGAAAGACCCACCGAUUUCGUUGUUCUCCGUUCAGAAAAGAGGAUGACGAGCGGGCGAUGCAGUUCCUCGCGAAAAGGGCGGUGCAAACGAAGAAGUGCAUUUCGAUGUGUGCCUUUUGGCAAGAAUACACGAGGAUCAGUAAGAUUAGCGCAUCGUGGAAAUCCUUGGAUCGAAGGUUCGUAUCAUUUUGAGCCAAGACGCAGUAAUCGCGCUCAGUUGCUAAUCUGGCCGAGUUUUUGUAAAGUAAUAUACAUGAUUCUGAACAGAACGGGUUCGCAGUGUAACAUAUGAAACGUUUUCAGAUUCCGUCGAUACCUGGCCCCCAUUAUUCAUCUGAUGGAUGAGUUUGACACACAGACGAAAGUGCUGAUGCUCUUCUGUUCGAGCACUCCGGUCGAGAAGCAAUUUCUAGAAAAGUUGAGUGAACGGGCGGUGGUGGAGGUGGAUGAGAAGAGGAAAAUCACAAAGUACGCGGGAGACGGACUGGAGCUCAUUCAGAAGAAGAAGGAAAAAGCUCGGAGUUCGAUCGGUAAGAGAAGGAUAUUCCUAUCAGAAUCAGAAUCGGAAUCGGAGUCUUCUGAAUCCCGUCCGAUUCUUAGAACGCGAAAAAGGCUGAAAAAGAUGGUUGUGGACGAAGAAUCGGAUGAAGACAGCUCGGGAAUGAGCUCCCCCAACGAAUACUCGUUCCUAGACGGCCCGCCUCCAGUCAAAAUUGACAAAAAGGAGAAGGAGCUGUUCAAAAUGGGCGCGGUGAAGACGGAAACGUCUUCGGAACCUCCGGAAUACAUGGAGAAGUUCAUGAGCUCGAUGAAAGAGAUGAUGAGCUCGCAGGCGAGUCCCGCCCCUCCGGACUACAUGAAAGACUUUAUGAGCUCGAUGAAGGAGAUGUUCGAGUCACAGCUCCGAUCGCAAACACAGGUCAUGAGGCAGUUUAUCGGGUAAGCAGAUCUCUCUGACACAUGCAAUAAAUAUAUAUUGUAGAUCGGGACCGACGGCUGCCAGCUUUACGAACGCGAGCAAGAAGAUUGUGCUCAAUUACUUCAAAAAUCUCAUUCAAGAAUUGGACGACCCGGAACUGAGCAUGACUGAGCAGAAACUGAACGAGUCGAUCGGAAAACUUAGCGCUGGCGAUGAGAAACUGUCGGCGGAGGAGAUGAAAAAAAUGAAAAGCAUGCUGAAAGGCCUCGACGACAUUCUGAACUAA